AUGAUGGACACUUCAUCCUCCACAAUGGCACAAUCAGACGAGGCUUUGCGGAAAUUCAAGUGUCCCGAGUGUGGCAAGGCUUUCAAGUUCAAGCAUCAUUUAAAGGAGCAUAUCAGAAUUCAUUCGGGAGAGAAACCGUUUGAGGUGAGUGAACGGGUGUUUGGUAGAGACUUCGGGGGUUCAGUAGAGACUUCAGGGGAUUUUCAAAGACUUCUGAGCUUUAGUGAAGACUUCUGGGGUUUAGUGGAGACUUCAGAAAAUUCAGUUUACAUUUCAGAAAGUUUAACAAAGACUUCAGAGGAUUCUAGAUGUUUGAUAAUAUAUUUAUAGUUACCAUAACUUACAAUAGGAUCUUUUUGAAUCGCUUAAGAAACUUCUAGAAACUUUGAAUUGACCUGAAAAUUGGGAUUCUGAAACAUCAGAGUUUUCUCACAAUUUUUUCACUUGAACCAAAAUUUCCAAAAAAAAAUGUUUAAAAUUUUCUAGAAACUCGGAAAUGUUUAGAAAAACCCUGGGAUAAUUUUUUGAGAGCCUGGAAAAUUUCAGAAAAUAUUUUGCUGAUUUUUCAGAAGCUAUAGGAAUUCUAGAACUCUUCUAGAAUUUUUGCAGAAUCUUGAAAAAGCUCUAGAAGAUUUUCAGAAUUUUUCAGAAUCUUGAAAAAGCUUUAGAGGUUUUUCCUGAUAUUUCUAGAAGCCUAGGAUCUUGAAGAUUUUCAGAAAUCUAGAAUUCUAGAAUUCAAAAUCAUAAACUUCAGGCUCAAACAAUUUUUCGAGAAAUUCCAAAAACUUUUUGGCCACCUAAUAAAAUAGCUUUUUUCUCUAACUUCCAAAUCCACACCUGUAAAACGAGAAAAUGAAAAAUCUUGUUUCAAAUCGCAACACACACACAAGCACCUGUCCCAUCUUCUCCGUAAAACUAACUAAUUUAUCAUUGUCUCCAACAAAAACAUGACAAGGGCCCAUUUCUUCUUCUCAUUUUAUCUACCUGGAUUAUUAUUACUACGCACAAUCAUUUCUCUUUUCUCGCUGUUUUCCCCUUUCAAAAAGGCUUAGGUAAAAAGCUCUUUCACUCACAAAAUAAAAACUCAACUCACACUGAAAGUAUGCCCGCCAGGCAUUCAUUAAUUCCUCCUUUGCUCCAUUUUUCCUCCGCUUCUUUUCUUUUAUUUUCCCUCUUUUCCCCUUUUCAUUCGUUCAUAUACCUUUGGAGCUCCGCCCAUUUUUUUGCACACACCUGGCUUGUUUAUUGGCAUAUGGGAUUACGGUAGCCUAGGUGGAGGUGUGGAUUUUGAGGGGGAAACUUUUGCUUUGCUAGAAUUUUUUUAAAAAAAUUAAAAUUAAAAAAAAUAACAUUUCAAGCGAUUUUCCUUUUUUUACAAGUGUGAGCAACUGAGUGAAUAUUAUGAAAAAAUACCCCGAACUUACCUUAAGUUUCACCCAAAACCCAUUAAACUGACCUGACAGUUGAAGUUGAAUAAUCAGAACCAAAUCCAAAUCCAAUUUUGUUUUCAUAAUUGAAAUUGUGAAUUUUGAAACCAACAUCAGCUCACUCAAAUUCCGAAUUUUCUGAAAAAAUUUUUUUUCGAAUAUUUAAUCUCAAAAUAAAAUAACGUGAACACUUUGCUCGACAAAAAAAACAAAAAAAAAUAAUUUUAAAAAAUAUUUUUCUGCGAAUCGAUUUCUAGAAAAACGAAAAAUUGCCGCGUGAUCUAAAACACUAUUCACAUUUUUUGCGGGUCUAGGAUUUAUGAAAAAAUAAAAAAAAUAAAUAUAUGGCCGAAGUAUUUCGGUGGCCGAGGUUUGUCGGGAACUCGGCCACUUUUCUCUUUUUUCCUGAAAUUCACGUUCAACUUCAGUUUUCAUGAAUUUCAGGGAAAAAAAUAAAAAAAAAUAUAUAUCCGAAGUAUUUCGGUGGCCGAGAUUGUCGGGAACUCGGCCGUUUUUCAUUUUUUUCUUGAAAUUUUCGUUCAAAUUCAGUUUUUUGUGAAUUUCAGGGAAAAAAUGAAAAAAAUGAAAAAACAAAUAUAUGGCCGAAGUAUUUCGGUGGCCGAGAUUGUCGGGAACUCGGCCACAUCAUUUUUUCAUUUUUUUCCCCCUGAAAUUUACCUUCAACUUCAGUUUUCAUGAAUUUCGGGGAAAAAAUUAGAAAAUAAAUACAUGGCCGAAGUAUUUUUUUGUCGGGAACUCGGCCACCUCAUUUUUUCAUUUUUCCCCAUGAAAUUCACGUUCAAAUUCAAUUUUUUUCAGUGUCAACAAUGCCACAAACGUUUUUCGCACUCCGGAUCCUAUUCUUCACACAUGAGCAGUAAAAAAUGUGUUCAACAAUCAUCUUCGCCUUCCCUAAUCCCACAAUUCAGCCCAAUUCACCUGAUGAUGUAUCGAAAUAUUAUGAUGAAUAUGGCUGCACCAACACCCGCUCCAUUUGUACCUGAUACUUCCUAUUUGUCAAUGUUGCAAGCGAGUUUUUUGCAAAAUCUAGGAUCUUCUGAAUCGUCAACUUCACCGACAGCAACUUCACCAACACAAAGUCUUCUAUCAACUUGUUUGAAUCAAACAUCGGAAAAGGGAUCAGCCGCUCCGUCUCCUGAACCAAAAGUCGAUAUUGUUGUUGAUGUUGUUGAAGCUGAAGCUGAACCUGAGCCCGAACCUGAACCCGAAGCUGAAGAAUCGUCUAGAGAAAAUGUGAAAGAAGCUGGAUCGCCUGACUGGAGACCGUUGAGAUCUCGAAGUUUUCUGAAUGAUUCGCAAGUUGCGAUUCUGCAGAAUCACUUCAAGCGCAAUCCAUUUCCAUCAAAGUAUGAGUUAUCAGCGGUGGCUGAGCAGAUUGGAGUCAAUAAACGGGUAGUUCAGGUGAGGGAUUUUGGGGGGUCUUGAAUUCGGGGAACUUCUAGAACCUUUCAAGAUGUUUUAACUGAAAAUUAAUAUAAACGUAAAAAACGGAAAAGUGAAAAAUAUUUUUUUGAAAAAUUUUCGUCGCGUCGAGACCCACAUCUUUCAAAUAAUCAAUGCGCCUUUGAUUCACAAGAGGAAUGAAGCUUGAGAAAAGUGAAUUAGAACUAAUUAAGCUCGAUUUUCGUGAUUUUCAACCGAAAAAUAGGUUUUUCCUCAAUAAAACUCUUGAAAAUCGUUUUUUAAAAGGUUUCUUGCUUGAAACAUGGUUAGACUACUUCCAUUCUUCGAUUUGUUAUUGAUUUCUGCCUUUUUCUCAUGCAGAAACAUCAAAAAACCUCGAAAAUCCAGAAAAAAACAAAAAAAAAUUAUAAUACCGUAGUUUUUAAAAGGCGCAACACCUGAAACACACACAUGGUCUCGUCGCGAAACAACUACGGUAUAUAAUUUUUUUUUUCGAAAAAAAAUUUUUAUUUUUCCUUAUUUUUCUAAUUUUUUUGAACGUUUAUAAAAGUACCAUCUGAACUUUGUGCUGAUUUCAAAAACCUCUAUACCGUAGUUUUCGAAAGGCGCAACACCUGAAACACACACCGGGUCUCGUCGCGAAACAACUACGGUAAAUAAUUUUUUUUUCGAAAAAAAAAAUUUUUUACGCGUUUUCAUUUUUUACGCUUAUCUGAACUUUGUGCUGAUUUCAAAGAUCAAUAAAUUCAAUUUUAUAUCUUUCCCGCACUGUUCCCAGGUGUUCCUGCCUUUUUUUAUUUCUCGCCACACACAAACCCAAUAUUCCCAAGGUGUUUGUGUGAAUGAAUGAGUGUCUGAACAUGUGUUUUUGGUUUCCCUGCCCGAUGCCUCUCUCAAAUGAAAUGCGAAAUAAAAUGAGAUAGAUGGGGCUCCUUUAGAGAAAGGGGGGACGCAGGUGUCUUCUUGUCUUUCUCCGACGAUUUUUAUUCGAUUACCUCACAUCAUUCAAUUAUUCUUUUUAGCACCACCGCAAACACACAAGGGGGAUUCGAGAAAAAAAAUUUUAAAUUUUAAAAUAAAAAAUUUUUAUUCCAGGUAUGGUUCCAAAACACUCGCGCCAAAGAGCGUCGCAGCAAUCGCCUCCCAUCAAUGCCACGUGGUCAGAUCAAUUCGCCAGCAGCUUCACCGCCAUGGGCAACGCCAGCCGCGCAGCAGGCGCAACUCAUGGCAGUCUGGGCGCAACUUCAGGCUGCGAAUUCAACAACGGUCAAAGAUGAAGCUGAGGAGGUUGAGGAGGAGAUUGCUCAGGUUAGCCAGGUGUCUAAUAAAUCAUGUGGGGGGAAGAUCCUGAAUAUAUUUAUAUACAUCUACAUCUAUCAAUUCAUCAACACGGGGUGUCAGUUUGGUGUUUUCAUUUAAAUUAUGUGCCUAAUUUCGCACCUGCUUUUUUCCACCGAAUUCACAGGGAUGUUUUUGGAUAUGGCCGAAUUCCCGAUAAUUCUCGGCCACCCGAAAAGUUCGGCCAUAUCUUUUUUCACGGCCUUUGGAACAUAAAAAUCAAGAGAAAUAUAAAACCUCUUCGUUUCGAGACCCAAAGCGCGGGACAAUAUGUUUUUCAAAUUCAAAAAUUGUUUUUCCCGCGCAAUUGGUCUCGACACGAUAAUGCACGGUGUUUUGUGUUUUUCUCUUUGUGUUCGCAAUUUUCCCAAUUUUUGAAUGUGGCCGAAUUCCCGACAUUUCUCGGCCACCUGAAAUAGUUCGGCCAUUUCAUUUUUUUUUCAAAUUUUUCACACGGUCUUUUAAAAAUAGCGAAGAGACACAAAAUCCUCCGAGAGAAGUACAAACGUCGGGUCUCGACACGAUUUUGGAGGGUUUUUCUCUCUGUGUUCGCAAUUUUCCCAAUUUUUGAAAUGCCGUGUGAAAAAAUGAAAAAAAAAAUGAUGUGGCCGAAUUCCCGACAUUUCUCGGCCACCCAAAUAUUUCGGCCAUUUCUGAAAUUACAUCAUCCCAGAGCAAAAAAAAGUUGUCUGCUCAUUUUCCAAGUAGGUAUCCAUCCAAUUUUGUUCUUCUUCAUCUCCUUAAUAAGCUAGCCAGCCAAAACAUCAAUAAAAGUAACAAUAAUAAAAAGAAGGAGGGAAGAAGGAGGGAAUAAUAAUAAUAAUAAUAGUAAUAAUGGCAUCUGGCUGGAAUAUAGGCGCAUCUGUCGAGAGAUGAGCCUCAUAAAAGGAGGGAGAGGGUUUUCGAGAAUGAAGGAUACAACCACCUGAGAUAUUUUUCAAGAUGUUUUGUUGACUAAUUGGGGUGUCACCUGGUGUAAACAAUUCAUAGAUUUAUUUUUUUUUGUUCCAGGAAGAUCCAGCAACUACACCUUUGGAUUUGACGUUGAAAGAUGGUGAUGAUAAUAAUGAGGAGGAGAUGGAGUGGAGUCCGGAAAAGCUCAUCGGAUUUUUGGACCAAUCUACCGGUGUGAUUCAGGAGCUUCUGAAGCAUGCUGGAUUCUCGAAUCAGGAGGAUGAGCAACCAAGGACUCCAUCAAUUUGGCCGCAAACUCCAAACAUCUUUCUGAACUCUGCGAUUAUCAAAGAGGAAGAUACAUCAUCACUUUGCUCAACUGAUUCGAAGCUCUUGAAACUGGGAUCCGAUGCUGAAGGUUUAUUCUCAUGUGAUCAAUGUGACAAGGUUUUUGGCAAACAAUCUUCCUUAGCAAGACAUAAAUAUGAGCAUUCAGGUAAUAAUUGGGUUUUGGAUAGGAAAGGGACACAUGUUUGGCAACAUUCUCUUUUGUUUAUAAGGGGGAUUUAGGGGGGAUAAAUUAUGUGAUGCAAUAUAUAUUAAUUGGAUUAUAAUGAGGUCAUUGAGCAGAUGCACCUUUAGAAAAUAUGAAAAUAGGAUAUGAACUUAAAGACGUUUAGCUCACUUUUAACUUAGUGUAAUUUAGGUACAUUUUUUAAAGUUACAGUAAAUCUUAAGUUUUUUUAGUUAAGGAGUUAUAGUACUUUCUUAAAAAAGGCUUCAAUUACAUUUUAAAGCUCGGAGAUCUUAAGGUUAGGAAGAUCUGAAAACAUACAUGAACUAGGGGGGCCCUUGAGUUGACCCCCCUACCCCCUAACCCAUUUUUGCUGAUUUUUUAUCACAUAAAGCGUAAAAUACACUAACAUUUUCAAAAGUUAAGUCCCCUACCUCCAAAAAUCCACCAGAAGUUAACCUCCCUCCUUCCGAAAUGGAAAAUUUCCAUAAAAAAUAACAAAAUUCAUCUAUUUUUCGCAGGCCAACGUCCCUACAAAUGUGACAUUUGUGAAAAAGCCUUCAAACACAAACAUCAUCUCACCGAACACAAACGUCUUCAUUCCGGCGAAAAACCAUUUCAAUGUGACAAGUGCCUUAAACGAUUCUCACAUUCUGGAAGUUAUAGUCAACACAUGAAUCAUCGCUAUUCCUAUUGUAAACCCUAUCGAGAGCAACAACAGUCUUCGACUUCAGCUAACUCGCUAGUUACCGCUUCUUCUACCUGA